AGGACAGCUCAGUGUUGCUUCAGACCGUGGAGGCUAACACAGCACUGACUCCUCAUGAGCACAGAUUGAAUCUUUUUUUUUUUUUUUUUUUUUUUUUGAGCUCACCGACAAGAGAGGGCAAGUUAAAGGAUUGUGUUUAAAAAAAUGGCAUCUGCAAAGAAAAUGCAUCCAGCAAUCCGCUUGAUGUUUCUCCUGGUCAUGUGCUCCCUCGCCAAGCUGCUUGUGGCUGAAGAAAAUCCAGAGGACGCCCAUCAGGAACAUUCCAACCACCACGGGGAGCAUCGGGCAACUAUCGCCAUGGCCCAGUACAAGUGCUUCCAGAGGAUGAUGAGAGGAGACCAUCACCGGAAAACGCAAUCGGCGGGACUCGUGUGCAACAUGACCUGGGACGGUUGGCUGUGCUGGGACGAGACGGAAGCAGGGCUCGUAACGGAGCAGGGCUGUCCGGAUUAUUUCAAAGACUUUGACCCUCAUGCGUUAGCCUCCAAAGUUUGCACGGAAACAGGCGAUUGGUGGCGUCACCCAGCUAGCAACCGGACAUGGACCGACUUUUACAACUGCCAAGCCAACACGACACAUCACCGCACGGUGGCCAUGACGCACUUCUACCUGGUCAUGAUAGGUCACGGGUUGUCACUAGUCUCACUGAUCAUAUCGCUGGGAAUAUUCUUCCAUUUUAAGAGUCUGAGCUGUCAGAGGAUCACACUGCACAAGAACCUCUUUGUCUCAUUUGUUCUGAACUCGGUCAUCACGGUGGUGUGGCUGACCAAGGUGGCCAAGAAACAAGGACAGACGUUCAACGACUCGGCGAGCUGCAAGCUACUGAUGUUCAUCCACCUCUACCUCCUGAGCUGCAACUACUUCUGGAUGCUGUGCGAGGGCAUCUACCUGCACACUCUGAUCGUGGUGGCCGUGUUUGCCGAGAAGCAGCAUCUCUUGUGGUAUUAUCUGCUCGGCUGGGGUUUCCCCCUGGUGCCGGCAGUGCUGCACUCCGUAGCGCGCCAAUGCUACUAUAAUGACAAAUGCUGGGUCAGCUCCGAUACAUCCUUGCUCUACAUCAUCCAUGGGCCCAUCUGUGCCGCCUUGGUGGUGAACCUGUUCUUCCUCCUGAACAUCGUACGGGUUCUCAUCACCAAGCUGCGAGUAACCCACCAGGCCGAGUCCAGCCUGUACAUGCGGGCGGUGAGGGCCACACUCAUCCUCAUCCCGCUUCUCGGCAUUCAGUUCGUACUGCUUCCCUACAAACCUCACGAGCACUGGGUUUCUGAAAUCUAUCUCUACAUUAUGGAGAUCCUCAUGCACUACCAGGGUCUCCUCGUGUCCACCAUAUUCUGCUUCUUUAACGGAGAGGUUCAGAGUGUUUUGCGGCGACAUUGGAAUCAGCAGAGGAUGCAAUUUGCCGGGACGUUCGCCAACGCCGACUUGUUCCGUUCGGCUUCCUACGUGGCGUCGUCGCUCACCGAAGUUCACCGCUGCUACAGCAUCGAGAGUCACACCGAGCACACCAACGGCAAAAGCUACUCUGACAUUUUCCGAUCUGAUAGCCCGUUUGUGUGACGAGGACUUUCCCAUACAGGAGGCGCUUCAGAAGAGGGUCCGAGGAACUGAGAUGAUUUUUCAUAACUUUUGUCGCGCAAAACCUUUCAACAGAUUCAAAACCAGAUUCACUGACGUUUUUUUUUUGUUUUUUUUACGCGCGUUCAACUGCAUGUUUUCCGCCAUUUUGAAGGCCGAAUGAAGCUCCUCAGCUGAGAUUUUUUCUUUCCAGGUGAAAUUUCAAACCUGGAAAACACUAUAAACUUUCCAGGUGAACUUUAAUAGUUGAAACUGUGGCGUUGUAGUCACGUUUCCCGCUUUCUCAUUUUCGAGUAUGGCACGUUUUGUCUCCAUUGUUUUAUUUAUAACUCCUUUCAUGUACACUUCAAAAAGGUUCAUGUUGUUCUUUUUUCCCAAAAUGCUGGAGAGGAAACAAUGAUGUAAUAAUGGCGAGCUUUUUUUUUUCUUCUGCCGAGCGGCUUGCUUUGCAAUUUGCAUUAACAUUGUAUAGAAGGAACUUAUAACGUGGCUGUAAAUAAAAUUGGCUGUGCAAUGACAAAA